CGCUGAGUCGGCGCGGAGCCGCUGCAGGUGUUGCAGCCUCAGCGGAGGCCGCUUUGGAUAACGGUUGUGUGCGCAGGUUCCUCAUCCCCGUGGCUGCCCCUUUCCUCCGCAGCAAAGGCGGGCUUCGGCGGGUGGGGGAGGAAGGGGUCCCCGUCUUGUAGGGCGGCCGUGGUGGGUCUGUGGUGCCCGUUGGAUGCGCUCCCGGAGCCCGGGGCAGGAGGGGGCCGGAGGGAGGCGUUGCCUCGCCGCUGCCUGAGAGGAUUUACGACGUCUCGGACUCCGCCUGGCGCCGGUGCCGCCGCCGCCGCCUGCCCUGUGUGCAGGUCCCCCUGGCGCGCGGGAAGCGGAGAUGGACGAGAAGUACCUGCCCGAGCUGAUGGCGGAGAAGGACUCGCUGGACCCGUCCUUCACCCAUGCGCUGCGGCUGGUGAACCAAGAAAUUGAGAAAUUCCAAAAAGGGGAAGGAAAGGAAGAAGAAAAGUAUAUUGAUGUAGUGAUAAAUAAAAAUAUGAAGCUGGGGCAGAAAGUGUUAAUUCCAGUAAAACAAUUCCCUAAGUUCAACUUUGUGGGAAAACUUUUGGGUCCACGUGGCAAUUCACUGAAACGUUUACAGGAAGAAACAUUGACAAAAAUGUCUAUAUUGGGAAAAGGUUCCAUGAGGGACAAAGCCAAGGAAGAAGAGUUGAGAAAAAGUGGGGAAGCAAAAUACUUCCACCUAAAUGAUGACCUGCAUGUUCUAAUUGAAGUAUUUGCCCCACCGGCAGAGGCAUAUGCCAGAAUGGGGCAUGCUUUGGAAGAAAUCAAGAAGUUCCUUAUCCCUGACUACAAUGAUGAAAUCAGACAGGCACAGCUCCAAGAAUUAACAUAUUUGAAUGGUGGUUCAGAAAAUGCAGAAGUUCCAGUUGUUCGCGGAAAACCACCAAUACGAGCACGAGGAGUACCAGUCCCUGCUUUGGCCAGGGGCCGUGGAGGAGUGCCACCCCCACCAGCAGGUGUACCAAGAGGGGCACCAGCUCCCAGGGGAGUACCUCCCAGUAGAGGUCCAGUCAGUCGUGGUCGUGGACUUCUAGCCCCCCGAGCAAGAGGAGUACCUCCACCUGCAGGCUACCGGCCUCUGCCACCACCUCCAGCACAGGAGACAUAUGGAGAAUAUGAGUAUGAUGAUGGAUAUGGCACUGCUUAUGAUGAGCAGGGCUACGACUCCUAUGAUAACAGCUAUAGCACCCAGGCACAAAGUGGAACAGAUUACUAUGAUUAUGGACACGGACUUAGUGAGGAAACAUAUGAUUCUUAUGGGCAAGAAGAAUGGACCAACUCAAGACACAAGGCACCUUCAGCAAGGACAACAAAGGGAAUCUACAGAGACCAGCCAUAUGCCAGAUACUGAUUGUACUGUCUGAUGUUGUGAAAUAUCCAAUCUCCACCAGUCCUGUAUACUGUUCCAAGUAAUUUUUUUCUAUAAACAAUCCCUUUUUAGUAAAUCAAAGUGCGUAAAAAUUGAAUGGUUGGACUGAACUUAAACUAUUCUGUUGAAAGAACAACCUGGACAGAAAGAUAUGUAAAACAAGGAACUUUGUUAUUUCCAGAUUGUAUUUGAAAAAUAGGUGAUCAAAAAAAAUAACCUCUGAUUAACUAGUGUUAAACAAAAACUAGGUUUACUAAAUAUGUUAAUCCAUUCUUUUAACAUAAGCGUAACCUUUUAUUUUAAAGGUUUUCAGCAAUUUAGUUCUUUUAGUUUUAUUUUUCAACCAUUUUGCUAGUUUUUUCUCUUGCAAACAUGCGUAAAAAGGGAAGCAAAUUACAAAUGCAAAUAAUGUGGUAUUUUGUAACUCAAGUCUUGAAAUGUUCUGUAGUGUUAAGCAAAGUUUACUCUUGCUUGAUACUAAAUAAACUUUUGAAAGAAAAUCAGUGUGUGUGAGAGUAAUUUUAUGCUUUAGUUUAUUUUAUAAUAAACCUUCAUAAAUAGUAGUAAACAGGGAGAAAUUCAUCUAACAAUGAUCAACAUAAAAGGCUCAUACUAAACACUGUACAGCUUUUUUUUAAAAAUGGUAUAAACCUAAAUGUACAUUUAUAUACUCACAAUAGAUUUAAAUGAUGUUUAAAUAUCCAAAUGGUAUGGAUCUGCUUGAAUGCCACAUAUAAAAAAAAAAUCUUGGUUAAAAAUGGUUAAAAAUAGCUAAUGAAUUUUCUGAAAAAGAUGUGACUAGUUUUCAUCUUGUUGAGCAUUUUUUCACUAGUGCAACUUUGGAAUUUUUAUGAGAAUUUUGGUACCUUAAUGACCACCUCGCUCCGUGCUGGAAGCUAUAAACACAAAGCUUUUAAAGACUUUCUGACUUGACUAAUUGAGGUCGCUUUCGUCAGAGGCAGAGGAUGUGUAACCCUUAAAACGGUCUUCAUUUGCAAAGGUAAAUAAAUCAAAUAAGAUUUUAAUCUCACUUAAUUUAUCUUAAUAUAACCAAUAAAAUCAGGGAGAAUACAAAUUAGAAAGUUUCAUUUUAGAUUUUAGAAAGGCUUUAAGAUCACCUAAAUUCUCAUUUUAAAAAGUUUAAUUUGUUUUAGUAAUCUAAAAAUCCUUAGCUCAGUCAGUUUAAUUUGGGCAAACUAUUCCCUAUUAAACAAAUGUAAAACCUCAUAACUAGUAGUUUGUAAUACCUUAUUUUUCCAUAAAUUCUAGUAACUGAGAACAGUGCUUAAACAUUACAAAUGUUUUCAAAAGCUUUUCCUUAAUGAUUCAGUUUGUCUUUUUAAUUAUAGUUUAAUUUGAAUUGUUUGGUUUUAGUUUAUAUUUUAAAGUCUUCUUCUGUAUUUAGUAAACAGAUCUUUUCUCUUGUCAGGAAAUGGUAAACGUCUUGGGGAUCCAAGAGAACAAAAACCUAAAUCGGUUGAUGCUUUGGGACUUCUGUCGUGAUUAUUAUGGACUGCUUAGGCUAUUAUAUUCACCAGUGUGCCUAGUCAACAAUGAAAUCAGCUUUGGAAUUUGAAAAUGCAGUUCUGUUUCUCUUCCAGUAUUUUACGGACUGUAGUACUAAAGUGUAUCAUAUUAUAUCCUUUAUUUUUAACAACUGCUAUAAAAUCCCUUAAUUGUUUAAUGACUUAACAAUGUUAUUUAUGUACAAGUCAAUAAAGAAUCUCCAUUUAAAUCUCCAGUACAAAGCAAUAAUGCAUCCUUAUGUUUCUUCAAUGACUUUGUAAUUCCUACACAGAAGCUAUGAGCGAACCUUGUGUGGAGUCUUAUGACUAGAUGCACAGUUAACUUUUGGAAGUGGUUUAUCUACUGUAUGUGCAGCAUGGACAAGUAAAUAUGAAAACAAGUGUGUUACACAGAAGCUAUUGUGUUGCUCAUAGGCUCAGUGUAAACGGAUGUGCCUGACUCAAGACUGAUUAGUAGAGAGAGAAUAAACCCAAUUUCAAUUUGUUUAUAGAACAUGAAGGUCAUAAUCACUGUGGACUGUAUUAUAUUGUUCAUUGUCUUUCACUUAUUCCAUGGUAUACUGUGAUUAUAAUUUUACAUCUACAGAAGUAUCUUCUCUACUCUUAUAAUAUAAGGUCACAUGUUUUCCAGUGAAAGAAUUUCAAGCUAGUUUUUGUGUCUUGAUAAAUUUGCACUCUUGUACCUGGUAAACCUGUUUCCUCAAUGCUUUUUCAUUUUUAUAUUAGUCCUUAUUGUGAUAAUUUGUAACCCAAAUAAACUUCUGGUAAUUUAACCUUUUCUUACUGCAAAGCUGUCUGCAAAGCCAACUGCUUUCCACCCAUGCUUCAGAAAUUUACUUCCAUCGGGUGCAUUUUCCUUUCUGAUAGUUCUUGAAACUCAACAAGUUCGGCCACUGUGCAUGCCAGUUAAUCCAUUUCCAUUCUGAGGCCAGACUUUUCUUUU